UCGUGGUGCAGCGCUGCUCACCGGUGCUGUCACGAUUAUAUCAUGGUUUCGUGAAUUUGUUCAAAGUUAUCAAUUAAAUACGUAAUCUAAUAAUUUGUUAACUAGAUCAUUUAAUUUUAAAAAUCAUGGACUACGAAGAAGAACAACAUAAUGAGAUCGAAGCUUUGGAAUCGAUCUACUGUGGAGAAUUAGAAAUUUUAGCUGUGGAACCAUUUUACACAUUUGCUAUACCUAUUAAGACAGAAGAGUAUGAGCCAGAAACUGCAAAUGGUCUUAGCUGUCGUUUAGAAUUCACAUAUACCUCAAAUUAUCCUGAUGAGCCACUUCUUGUCUCCAUAGAAGAACAGGAGAAUUUUGAACAUGGUAGCGAUAAACUGUUAAAGGACCAUUUGAUAGAGCAAAUGAACGAAAACUUGGGAAUGGUUAUGGUAUUCACGUUAGUUAGUGCUGCUCAGGAAUGGCUGAAUUGUCAAUGGGAUAAAAUUAAAUUGAAGAGAGAGGAAUCUGCAGCGCAGAAACUCAAGGAGGAAGAAGAAGCUGAAAGGAAAAAGUUCGAGGGAACUAGGGUCACUGUAGAAACAUUUUUAAGCUGGAAAGAAAAGUUUGACCUAGAAAUGGGAUACACUAAACGAAGAGAAAUAGCUGAACGCGAAGGAAAGAAGCUGACCGGCAAAGAAUUAUUUAUGACUGAUAAAACACUGGAUCAAUCUGAUCUCAAAUUUCUUGACGAUGGUGAUGCAGUUAAGGUCGAUGAGAGUCUCUUUCAAAACCUGGAUGAUCUGGAAUGGAAAGACGACGAAGACGACGACGAAGAUGAUCCUGAUUAUGAACCAACAGAUUGUUCGUGGAAGAGAUUAUGCUUAUAAAACGGAAUGUAAAGCAAAUUAGGAGCAAAUUUGAUAUACUUUUUGUACACUGGCACAUCGAGCCAGAAUAAAGUUAAUCGAUUAAAUCUGGCCCUGUAAAAGCACUAUAUCCACAUCCAUAAUGCAUCUCUUCCAUGCACAAUAUAUUCUGUGCUCUUAGAUAAAGGAUAAUCUUGACACCUGAAUACGGAAUUAGUACUUGAAGGUUGAUUGAAGUACUAACACUAGAAAUGCAGAUUGAUGAAUACGAAGCGAAUGUGCCACUACAAAAUGAAUGAAUCGUAAUUCCUUGGUGCUAUUUGCAUUUUAUACUGUGGCCGACAAUGAUGUUGAUAUCUGUUGCGCGGAUAUAUUUUACACACGCAAGUACGAAAGGGAUGAAAAUAUUUAAUGACGAAAAUAAUUUUUGUAAUUGUGUAUAUAGCUGAGAAUCACUUUCAUAAAGUUUUGUUUAAUAAAGGCAAUAUUACAAUUCCUGCACGCGCUUCACUGUAGCCUCUUCACAAAAGAUCAUUUAGUAAAUAAGCGAAUAAAUAAAUGCAGUACAAGGAAAUAAACAGACGCGCUAACGA